AUGGAUGACCUUCCACUUGAAGUAUAUUUCCAUAUUUUACAAUAUCUUGAUCCCAUCGAUACGGUGAACCUUCAACAAGUAAACCAUUGCCUUCUAUUCUCAUCUCUCGUCCAUUAUCUUUUGCGCCAAUCAUCUAUUGUGUACCAAUCAUCCUCUAAUGUUAAUGAGGGAAGCAAUGUAUGUUCUGAAAUUAAAGUACCUUCAAAAUAUGAACUUCAAAAUCUCGCCCGUCUCCUUUUAUCUGGGAAUGAAGAAUUCCACUCGAACCUAAAUAAUUCUCUAGCAGUCGAGAAGCUGAAAAAUCGGAUUCAAAUUCUUGCAAAAUGGAGCUUUAUUGAUCCAUUAUGGAGGAUUACAUGGACCGGCGAAGCAAAUAACGAAGAAAAAGAGAAAGAAAAGAAUUAUCUCGGGCCGAAUGAUAUCGAACAUACCGUUGAGGCUAUUUUAGAGGAAGAGAAAUCAUGUGCCUCCCAAGUGAAAGAAAUAGGAGAAGAUCCCACAGAGUCCACUUCACCUAGCUCUCCAACAGGUAAAAAAGCUUCAGCAAUCGAAAAUAAUAUUCAGUGUGUCCCUGAAGAUCCACCCCGUAAGCCGACAAGGGCUUUGCCACGAAUGCUACCUAGAAUCCAAUCUAAAAUCAGCCUGCCGAGAAUUUACUCACCGCGAAUAUUGGCACAGCCUUCACCGUCUAGCUAUUCACCGCGGACCAGAUCACCUAUGUUCAAGUCGCCGCUAGCCAAAUCACCGCAAAACUCAUCGCCACAUGUUAAUUCAUUCCGAGCUGCAUCGCCACGAUUAUUUUCUCUCGGAAUUUCCUCACCAAAAGCUGUAUCAUCUCAAACCUCAUCACCACGCCUUGCGUCUCCACGAUUAAUGUCACCCAUAUUUGUUACACAAAGGAGUUUAACGAUGCGUAGACCAUCAGAUGAUAACACUAUGAAUUUAAAAAUAGCCCCGCAUAGGGUCCCCACCAGAAGCACUAAAGUUUGCGAAAAAUUAAUGUUGCUUCCUGAUACCAACGAAGAAGCCAACGAACAUGAUAUAAACUAUCGAAUGCCUUUUGGACAAAUGUCUAGAGAUGAAGAAUCUAGACCGCUGAAAGAUGAAGAAUGGGAUGUUUUGAAGAAGCGUGGAGGUAUUCGAGGCAAGAGUUAUGCCGAAAGGCUUUCAAAGGCCAAAAGAGCAAAAGAGCUGGCUAGAGUUACGGCAUAUUGCACAGCUCAGAGUUAUUGGUUAUCUACAGCUUCUAACUUUAUUAGAUUUACCCAUGGCGCCAGAACAAAGCUUUACGAUGAUUGUCUAUACUCAGUCUAUGACUUGCCGUUGUUGUCUGGCAAAAAGCCUUACAAAAUUCAGAGUGGUCCAUCAAUUGAUGAUUCUAGCAAAAAGGAAUUAUAUGGAGACUACAUUGAGCAGAAAGAACGAGGAGACUAUCAAGAGGGUUACUUUGAGAAUACUGAUGAGUACAGUAUAAGAAAGUUUGAAGAAAAUCCACACAGAAAAAGCAGAGUAGAGUUUCACCAAAGCGGUGAAGAAAAAGGCACACCGCUACAAUAUCGUCGAAAAUACAGUGUUGAUCCAGGAUCAGUAGACGGAACAAAGCUUGCGGAGUUAUUCAUCUUUUCAUAUGGUGUGAUCGUAUUUUGGAAUUUUACUGAACAACAAGAGAAAGAUAUUCUGGCUGAUCUAGCCUUAUACGAAAAAGAGAACGCAAUUCCAAUCGCGUCAAGACCACUGGAACCGGACAACUUUGAGAAAGAAGAUUUUCAUUUUGAAUAUAGUCAUUUAGUUGAUAGACCUCGCGUUUUCAAUGACAUGAUUACUCUACGUAGUGGGGACCAUUUAAUAAAGUUGACUAUUAGUCAUGCCAUAGCCCAGAGCACUAAGCUCUGUAUGUUCGAAGAGUCUAUGAAUCAAACAAUGGCCAAUGCUCAGCAUGUACCCAAACAUCUUGCACUUACUGGAAAACUGGGCAUGACAAGAUCCCAAAUAUUUAAAAUUCUUGGAACACUUUUCAAAACACGUGUCGAGACUAACCGUGCUGUAGCAUCUAAAAUUUUAGACAUACCAAACUUCUUCUGGAAUUCAGAGCCCACGCUUCAUCCUCUCUAUACUGCUAUUCGAGAUUACCUUGAAAUUCCGCCUCGAAUAAAAAUCCUCAACGAGCGCUGUAAGGUCUUUUUAGAUUUAGCAGAGAUUCUAUCAAACAGCAUCGCAGGUACCAAGAUGGUAUUCAUUACAUGGAUAGUGAUAUUUCUUAUAAUGAUUAGUAUUGGGGUAACUGUUACUGAAUGCCUAAUCCGCGUGACUGUCGUGGAUAAAUAA